AUGAAGACCGUCGCCGUUGCCGUCGCUGCCCUGGCCCUCCAGGUUGUCGCCCACGAGUCUCUCGACAAGGCCGACUACUUCCCCGAGUGUUCUCUCGACUGUCUCACCGAGGCCAUCGAGAAAAGCGUCGAGUGCAAGGAGACUGACUCCAUCUGCCUCUGCGACCACGAGAACUACGAGGCCAUCUACGAGUACACCAUGGACUGUGUCAUUGACGCCUGCGGUGAAGAUGUCGCCAUCGACGAGGUCCUCCCCGCUGCUGAGCCUUACUGCUCUGACGCCACCUCUCUGUACUCCGCCACUGCCACUUCUCCCCUUCCUUCCCACACUCACUCUCACGACGAGGAGGAGGAGGAGGAAGAGGACCACACCCACGAGCACUCCCACGAUACCACCGCCGCCGAGUCCGCCGCCGAGACUACUGCCGCUGCCGCCACCACUAAGGAGGCUGCCGAGUCCGAGGCCGCUGAGACCACCGAGGCUCCUUCCACCGCUGCUGAGACUGCCGCCGCCACCACCUCUUCUGUCGAAGCCGUUUCCACUGGCGCCGCUGGUCAGCUCGGCUCCAUGGGCGCUGCUGCCAUGCUCGCCAUGGGUGCCCUUGCCGCCUUCUAA